UGCCAGGUAUCCCUAGCUGCCUGUAGCACGCGCACGCUAUCGCGUUUCUUUGUACUCACCGCCGCACCUGUGGAGAAUACAAAAGAACGCAAGGGCUCAUGUACGCAAGCCGCUCGGAGCCGCCGCACUGAAACUCUGUAUUGAUAGCCUGUUUCAAUCCUGCAAGGGCUGUGUGCCGCAAGGAAAACAUAAAGGUUCAAACGUCCUCCGGCUAGCUCUUACUUAAAAUUUUCACUGACACCCAACGCUGCUUUUUUAAAAAUUUGACGACGCAUCGAUAUCAGAAUUUGCCAUGCAUGAAAAAUUACCAAGGAAGCACCAGACGACCCAGCCCAGCUGCACAGCCAUUCCUGUUUAAGUAGUUUCAGAGCACUCAUUAGGAACCAAAUAUACUGCAUCCUGUCUAUUGUCGGUGGAGCUAUCCGUAUACGUACGUACUCACAAACUCGCGUUUGUUUUGCACAACGUGUUCGCAUGCACGCGCUGCAACAGUGCAACACGCUCCCACGCGCUGCAAGCAAGGGUGCAAGUCGAGCAGACGAAACUUUGGCGGCCGAAGCCCCGCAGCGGCUUGCGCUUCGCCUUCCCAUACUGCCUUGCACCCGCCUUUGGCGCGUGCGCAGAAAGUAUACCGGCAAAAACUCUCAUUUCAGAACCUUGCUGCCUAGCACUGUGCCCUCGUUGCUCAGGUGUGGUCAGUUGUGCGGUUGACUGUGUGGACCAUCCUAACCGUUGACAGCCGGCGGAUUCUGCUACCGUAUCGUGUUGGAGAUUGCAUGUGAUCUUCCAGUUGUGCCUGUCAAUUCUGUUGCACUUUUUGCGUUGUAGUUUGUUCGCAUUUAUUUCUCCGUUUAAGUGUGCUUGAAGUGUUCGUGUGCGGCUGCUGAAAAGCCAACCCUAACAUGACCCGUGCACUCGUUGCCGGAGACUCAAUGUUGAAGGACCUCGCAGGGUCUUUCACAUUGAGCUCCAGGACACAUGGUGAGGUUCGCUCAUUCAGCGGUGUGCGGAUCGAGAAAUUGUUCUCUUUAAUUGCUCAUUCUCUGGCAGAUGUGCACGUGGUCGUUCUCCACGUUAGCACUAACAAUGUCGGUGAAGAACCCCUCGUGCUGAUUGCCAGGUUCCGAUCAUUGAUCUCCAGAAUUCUUGAUGUCAAUCCGUGUGGUAGUGUCUGCAGUUCUGCCGAGACAAGCGAGUUUGCGCAUGUGCCAGUGGGCGCAGUCUGUCGGAGAAUUGGAGGCGUUCAACACGGAUGCCGGGGAGACGAAUGCCAUUUUGCAGGCGCUGUGCCACAAGAACGGCUACAGUUUCGUGGACAACACACGCGAGCUGAUAGGGAUGCUGAAUGCUGACGGCGUGCACCCGACGAAACGUGGUAGCCAGCUGCUGGGGUGCCUGCUACGUGCAGCCAUCAAGCAAGCAAGCAAGGACCUUGAGGCAAGCCACAAUGGAGCAUUACAGCAGCAGCACCAGAGAGAAAAGGACUACAAGAAGCUUCGAUUCCAGCGCGGUGAUCAGUCAGAAGGGCUGGCACAGUAUUGAAAUAAUGUAACAAAUUUCCCAGCUCUUU